UCCAUCCUUCCACGAAAAAUGAGUCUUUUAACGUUUUUCUUGUAUGCCGCUUUGUGUUGCGGCACCUGGGCGAUUCCAUUCCGUAACUUUUACGACGAUUACUACUCCAGCGACUACUCUGGCGAACGUCCGUGCAUGAUAAAUGAGACGAUAUUGGAGAUUAUGUUUGCAAAUUUACGCAAAUUGAUGUACAGCGGCGAUUACGAAUAUAAUGUUCCUCCGUUGGCACCUUUCGUCAUUGACGAGCCGCACUACAAGAAUUUCUCGAAGAUGUCAGUUUUGAAACGCUUACAAUUGAAUGGAUAUGACAAAUUUAUCGUGGAAGAAGCGAUGGUGAAUGCGAAAUGCACGUCAAUCAAUUUCACCCUAAAUAUCCCUUCAAUCAAUAUGAAGGCGCAGGAAAUUGAUUUACUGGGAAAUGUCUUUUUCAUAAAUGUCAAUGAGAAGAACACAACCAUUGACGGAUACAUCGAAAUGGAGCCAGAUGAAAGUAACGGAUGCAUCGUGCUCAACAACAUCGAUAUCGCAUGGAGUUACGAAGAUGUCGACGUUGAUGUGGAUUCCGAUUCGUACACGUCGCCGCAAUCGCGAGACGUUGCCCGGGAUGUUGCCACGUCCCUCAUUAAGGCACUCAAACGCUUCGACCUGAAUAACAAGGAAAAAACUGUCGAAAGUACCGCACGUCGUGUCUUCAAACGACUUGGAUGCUGGAAAUUCUCCGUCGACACGUUACUCAUGUCCAACGACAGCUAGUUUGAGCUCACCUCGCACGACAUUAUUCAUUCGUGUGUGUGUCUUCUGGCUGAAAAUAAAUAAAUAAAUAAAAUGUACACAAAA